AUGCCUCCUCUGGAUAAACGUAUAAAGAAGUUUCUUAAGAACUCAAUUAGAGUGGCCCCCAAAAUAUCAAAUAAGGGCGAAUUGGCGGAACUAAGGUCUGGUCUUGUCAGUCAAUAUCCUCAAACUAGAAAAGAUGCCAUCAAGAAAACUAUUCAACAAAUGACUUUGGGUAAAGAUGUUUCCUCUUUGUUCCCCGAUGUACUAAAGAACAUAGCUACCAAUGAUGUUGAACAAAAGAAAUUAGUCUACCUAUAUGUGAUGAAUUAUGCAGAAACUCAUCCCGAACUAUGUAUCUUGGCAGUUAACACUUUUGUUACAGAUGCACAGGAUCCAAAUCCGUUGAUCAGAUGUAUGUCAAUCAGAACCAUGUCGAUGAUCCGUGUGGACAAAAUUUUGGAAUAUGUUGAAAUACCGCUACGUAGAACCUUGCAAGAUGAUAAUCCGUAUGUGAGGAAAACUGCUGUAAUCUGUGUGGCAAAAUUAUUUCAAUUGAACAAAGAAUUAUGCAUAGAGUUAGGUGUUUUAGAAGAUUUGGUCUGUGCACUUGACGAUAACAAUCCAAUGGUGGUAGCAAAUGCAACUGCCUCCUUAUCCGAAAUUAAUGCAAUGGAUCCAACGGUAGUGUCAUUAUUAGAUUUGAUCCAAUCACAUGUAUCUCAGUUCUUGUUGGCAUUGAACGAAUGUACAGAAUGGGCAAGAAUUACAAUCCUGGGGGCCUUAGCGGAAUAUACGGCUAGAGAUUGCGUGGAGGCUCAAGAGAUUAUCGAUAGAGUUACCGCGCAUCUACAGCAUGUGAAUCCGGCUGUGGUUCUAUCGAGCGUAAAAGUCAUUAUUAAAAACCUGGUUCAAAUAGAACCUGAGUCCAAGAGAAUUGUUAUGACUAAAUUAUCAUCAGCACUAGUAUCGAUCAUGUCAACGCCGCCUGAAAUGCAAUAUGUGGCUUUAAGAAAUAUUCGCAUAAUACUGGAGAAAUACCCAACUUUGUUGACUAAAGAGGCAAGGAUCUUUUACGUUAAAUUUAAUGAUCCUUUAUAUGUGAAAUUGGAAAAAAUCGAUAUCCUAGUUAGAUUAGUGGACCCAACCAAUCUAAAACAAUGUUCGGUAUUAAUGAGGGAAUUGAAAGAAUACGCCAUGGAGUUCGAACCUGAAUUUGUAUCAAGGGCCAUCCAGGGGUUGGCCCAAUUGGCCAUUAAAUGUGGUGAUGUGAAAUUUGUUUCUAAAACUUUUGAAAUACUAUUAGACUUGUUAGAAUCUCAAGAGGCAUUAAAGAACGAUUGCUGUAUCGCCGUUUGUGAUCUACUGAGACAUGCAGUGGGUAACGAAAAAUUGGCAACGGAUGCUUGCCAACUGUUGAGUACAUGGCCUGUCAACGAAACUUUACUGUUAUCCGAUUCUGCUAAGUGUAAUUACGUUUGGCUGAUGGGUCAGUAUCCAAAUAAAUUUGAUGAAUUACAAGAUAAAUUAUUGUGUUUCAUCGAAAAUUUUGUGGAAGAAGAGCCGUUGACACAGACAUCCAUCUUGGUUACGGUGGUUAGGUUACAUUCCAAGCUACCGGGUUCCGUCUUACAAAAUGUACUAGAAUUGGCUACAAAUCAAAUUCAGGAAUUAGAUGUUAGGGAUAUGGCUAUAAUAUAUUGGAGAUGUCUCUCGAUGCCCAAUUCAGACCAACUCAUAGCCGAAUUAUGCUCAUCAGUAUCACCGCAAAUUGAAAACACCCUGCAUACUUUCACAUCUGACGUAUUGGAGAAAUUACUCACAGAGAUUUCCAGUGUAAGCUCCAUCUAUUUCAAACCCCAAUUCGAUGGUCCUCGCGGUGCUGUACGUCAUCAUAAUGUAGUAAGAGGUAGACACAUCGACGAAUUAAAGGAUUUGGCGAAGAACGAAUUGGCAAGAAAGGCAAAUGAUGAUGUACUAUUAGAUUUCGAUGACGAUGAAGAAGAUUUAGUGUCCCCACGUUCCUCUAUGGCUGGCGGUAGAGCCCAAUCCCACAUGGACGAUCUAGAUACUUUAUUCGAUUUUGGUACCUCUUCAUCAUCUCAAAAUAACGGCAACGACAACAUAGACAAGGGAGUAGCGGACUUGAACCUAGGACAAGCAGAGCAACAACAAAACCAACAACAACAAACUCAGACACAGAGCAAAAUUAAUUCCAACACGCAAGAUCUCUUAGACCUUUUCUAA